GGGGUAGCGAGCGGGAGGGCGCGCGGGCUCAGCAUCCUCCCCUCCGCCGCCGCGUUGGCCUCCCCACGGGCGGUCGUGACCCUCGUAGCCGCUUCUCUCCCGCCCCACAACGCCAGACCUCCAGCUCCGCGCAGCCGGAGUUGCCGCUGACCAACGUCUCUGCGCACACGUCCUCACACGUUAUCGUCAAAUGAAAAGACUGGCCCGGGGAGAUGGGAGCUUUCUCUUCCCUCUGUGAAUAGGGGUGGCAGUGCGAAACCGAGGCCCAGGAAGAGAAGAUUGGAGAGGGCAUAGGAACCCCUCCCCUGGGGGAGCAGCAGUAACAAUGAAGAGGAGAAAUGAUUCAGAAUGCACUGCCCCUAUCAAGAAACAGAAAAAAAGAGUUGCAGAGCUUGCCCUGAACCUCAGCUCUGCAUCUGAUGAUGAACCUCCAUCUUCUGUCAAUCAUGCAGCAAAAGCAUCUACUAUAAGCCUGAGUGGAUCUGACAGCGAGACUGAGGGAAAGCAACGCAGCUCUGAUUCUUUUGACGAUGCGUUCAAAGCAGACUCUCUUGUGGAGGGAACUUCUUCUCGAUAUUCCAUGUAUAAUAGCGUGUCCCAGAAGCUUAUGGCUAAGAUGGGCUUCAAGGAAGGUGAAGGAUUGGGUAAAUACAGCCAGGGUCGGAAGGACAUCGUUGAGGCCUCUAAUCAGAAAGGUCGACGAGGCUUGGGUCUGACGCUGCAGGGCUUUGACCAAGAACUGAAUGUGGACUGGCGAGACGAGCCAGAGCCCAGUGCCUGUGAGCAGGUGUCAUGGUUCCCAGAAUGUACCACUGAAAUUCCUGACACUUGGGAAGUGAUUGAUUGGAUGGUUGUGGGAAAGAGAAAGAUGAUUAUUGAAGAUGAAACAGAGUUUUGUGGGGAAGAGCUGCUUCACAGUCUGCUGCAGUGUAAGAGUGUGUUUGAUAUCCUGGAUGGGGAGGAGAUGCGGCGAGCUCGGACCCGGGCCAAUCCCUACGAGAUGAUCCGAGGAGUCUUCUUCUUAAACAGGGCUGCAAUGAAGAUGGCUAACAUAGAUUUUGUGUUUGAUCGCAUGUUUACAAAUCCGCGAGACUCUUAUGGGAAACCACUGGUGAAGGACCGGGAAGCUGAGCUUCUGUACUUUGCUGACGUCUGUGCAGGCCCAGGUGGCUUUUCGGAGUAUGUGCUGUGGAGGAAGAAGUGGCACGCAAAGGGCUUUGGAAUGACUCUGAAGGGCCCUAAUGACUUUAAGUUGGAGGACUUCUACUCUGCCUCCAGUGAACUCUUCGAACCCUACUAUGGCGAGGGUGGGAUCGAUGGAGAUGGAGACAUCACCCGCCCGGAGAACAUCUCUGCUUUUCAGAAUUUUGUCCUGGAUAACACAGAUCGCAAGGGUGUCCACUUUCUGAUGGCCGAUGGGGGUUUCUCCGUGGAGGGACAGGAGAACCUGCAGGAGAUCCUUAGCAAGCAGUUGCUGCUCUGUCAGUUCCUCAUGGCGCUGUCUGUUGUCCGGACAGGAGGCCACUUCAUCUGUAAAACCUUUGACCUCUUCACACCGUUCAGCGUGGGGCUCAUCUACCUGCUGUACUGCUGCUUUGAACGAGUAUGUCUCUUUAAGCCGAUUACCAGCCGUCCUGCCAACUCAGAGAGGUACGUGGUGUGCAAGGGCCUGAAGGUGGGCAUAGAUGACGUACGACGGUACCUCUUUUCAGUCAAUAUUAAACUCAACCAGCUGCGGAACACCGAUUCUGAUGUCAACCUUGUGGUCCCCUUGGAGGUGAUCAAGGGAGACCAUGAAUUUACUGACUACAUGAUACGGUCCAAUGAAAGCCACUGUAGCCUGCAGAUCAAAGCUCUGGCCAAAAUCCGUGCCUUUGUUCAAGACACGACCCUGAGUGAGCCUCGGCAGGCAGAGAUCCGGAAAGAGUGCCUCCGACUUUGGGGGAUCCCAGACCAGGCUCGAGUUGCUCCUUCUUCCACAGACCCAAAAUCUAAGUUCUUUGAGCUAAUCCAGGGCACUGAGAUUGACAUCUUCAGCUAUAAGCCCACACUGCUUACUUCCAAAACCCUGGAGAAGAUCCGCCCAGUGCUCGACUACCGCUGCAUGGUAUCUGGCAGUGAGCAGAAGUUCCUCAUUGGCCUGGGGAAGUCCCAGAUCUACACGUGGGAUGGUCGCCAGUCAGACCGCUGGGUCAAGCUGGACCUGAAGACAGAGCUACCCCGGGACACUCUGCUCUCUGUGGAAAUUGUUCAUGAGCUGAAAGGGGAGGGGAAGGCCCAGCGGAAGAUUAGUGCGAUCCACAUCCUUGAUGUCCUCGUGCUGAAUGGCAGUGACGUGCGGGAGCAGCACUUUAACCAGCGAAUUCAGCUUGCUGAGAAAUUCGUGAAAGCUGUUUCCAAGCCCAGUCGGCCUGACAUGAAUCCCAUAAGGGUAAAGGAGGUGUACAGGCUGGAGGAGAUGGAGAAGAUUUUUGUCAGGUUAGAAAUGAAGAUCAUCAAGGGCUCCAGUAACACACCGAAGCUCAGCUACACGGGGCGAGACGACCGGCACUUCGUGCCCACUGGCCUCUACAUCGUCAGGACGGUGAAUGAGCCAUGGACCAUGGGUUUCAGCAAAAGCUUCAAGAGGAAGUUCUUCUACAACAAGAAAACCAAGACAUCUACCUUUGACCUCCCUGCAGACUCCAUUGCUCCAUUUCACAUCUGCUACUCCAGCCGGCUCUUCUGGGAGUGGGGGGAUGGCAUCCGUGUGCAUGACUCCCAGAAGCCCCAGGACCCAGACAAGCUGUCCAAGGAGGCUGUCCUCUCCUUCAUCCAGACGCACAGCGCCUGAGGGUCCGGGGGACACCCACCCUUGCCAAAUGCCCUGUUACUCCCUGUGCCUGGGCCCACACACUGGUUCCUUCUCCCUCUCGGAGAGGGAUGGGAAGCACAGUCACUGCAGCCUGGUCAUGGGGGAUGGGUGGCCACCUCUGCAUUUCCUCUGAAGAGCUCAAUAGGGGCCUUCAGAGGACACUCACAAGUUCCUUCUGGGACACUUUUUUGGACUUCGCUCCCCAGAGACCUGCCUGGGAACUGUCUCCCCUGCCUGGACUCAGCCUGAAGGAUGCAGCUCCUCCAGCAGGUUUGAGGUCAGAGCUCAGGGCACGUGGGGCCAGUGGAGGACGUGUCAGAGAUCAGGGCUUUGGCUCUGUUCUCUCCUGUAUCCUGUAGACUCACUUUUCUGAGUUCUGUGCACUGCCCUGAGGGCGGCCAUGCCCUUGCUUUGCCCAACUUUUUACUGGGCCAACCCUGAGUGGGUGGAAGCCCACCAGUGUGAGCUGGCCAGGAGCAGCUGCUGUACAAACCAAGGUUUUGUUUCUUUGAACCUGCUCUGUUUUGAUGCCAAGUUGGAGAUGUGUCUCCUCCCCCUACCCUGUCCUGGUCGUCCCUGGAGUUCUUCCCAGCCUGGACCUCUGACAGUCCCGCAGGCCGGGAAGGGAGGCAUGAGGACCCCACUUCAGGAUGCAGGUAGUGCUGUCUGGUGGUUGAUGUGACUGCUUCCUGGGCCCCACCCCUUUUGAUCUGAACUUUGGGCAGCUCUCAAAGGAGAGGAAGCAGCCGUGAAGACCUGCAUCUUUCUACAUGCCAGCAGCAGUGGCCCCACCAUGACAAAGGGUACCUCAAGGGUUGGGUUGCACUCAGUCCUCUGCCAGUCAUGGCACCCCUAUUUCCCCAGCCACCUUGCUACCCGCCCCCUUUGUUCUUCUUCCCCAAUAAGAGAUACUGUUGCUUUUGUUUGUC